AUAUGAAACUUGCAAAUUAUAUAUGAGUAUAAUAACAUUUAGGUGUAGAUUAGUUUCAUAAUUUUUGAAGAGAGAGAGAGAGAGAGAGAGAGAGAGGGAGAGAUGGGUUCUAGUGGAUUCUAACUUUUUGGAAAUGUGUUUAAGGAAGCUAUGGUUUGAAAGACAAGUUCUCUCAGCGGUUUUUCACACGCAAUAUAGUAGCCUGUUUCCACACGUAUGCACAACCUUCAAGAGGAACAAGAGAGUUUUUGAACUCCAGUCUGGAACAAAGUGUUUACUCUUGGCUGUACAGUUGCUUGACGAUGGAGCAUCACAACUUUAGCGUCAAUCAGACUUCUGAGUCUGAUUUUGUCAUCACCAACAGUACUGUGGGCUCCAAACAGGUAGGCGCUGCAGUAUUUCUAAGCAUGUGCUGCUUGGUUGGAUUGCCCAGCAACAUUGCAGUUAUAGUCACCAUCGUUCGUCAAUGGAACAAACGUAUGAGCUUCACUGUGAAGCUAAUGCUAAACCUGGCUAUAUCUGAUUCUUUGGUCCUCAGUUUGACUCCUUUUGGAGUUUCUGGUCUGCUGUAUGGAUGGACUUUUGGCCUUUGGUCAUGCAAGAUUCUGAUGUAUCUCAUCUACUGUGCUAUGUAUGGUAGUGUGUUGACUGUGACUAUGAUGGCUGCACAUCACUACCACACAAUUAAGUCAAAAGUUCCUAAUCUCAGUGCUCUGGAAAGACUGCAGAAGGUUCGUAGACACUUGCUGUUAAUUGGGCUCUGGAGUUUAUCCAUAGUUUUUGCCUUGCCCAUACUUUUCAUUCAAGAUGUUCAGGUCAAGAGGGGAUCUCAAAGGUGCCAGAGGACCAUAACAUCACCCUCUGUAAAGGUUACAGUUCUUGUGUUAGAGGUCCUCUUUGGAUAUGUUCUCCCUUUCAUCAUUAUAGCUGCAUCUUACUGCUGGAUCUGCAAGACACAGCUACAAGGAGGUAGAAUAAUUGAGGAACGGAAGAAGAGAAUGAGAAUGCUCGUGAUCAGUAUUGUCACAGCCUUCUUUAUUUUCUGGACUCCUGUACAUAUCAUCAACGUGAUUGACAUUGCUACUACUCUGACUAAGACAUCGAAUCCAGCUCUCUAUGAUCAACUGAAACUGUUUCGUCGAGCAACCGGAGAUUUGAGCAAAACUGUCUCUGUACUUAACUGCUGUGUGAACCCCUUUCUGUAUGCAGUCGCAUCAGGGAUCUUCAAGAAAAGGAGGCCUUGCCAAGAAAAGGAAAACAACACAGAAAACACAUUAGUGUAGUAUUUCUUUAUUCUUCUUAAACUCUCGUGUUGUACUUUAUUGCUAUGUGAAGCAUUUUGAAAUUUGUUUUAUUGCAUUUGGUGACUCCUGUUUGCCUUAUAUUGUGUAUAUGUAAUGGACUGUAUUACUGUAUUAAUGGACUGUAUUACUGACUGAGACUCUUUUGUGGUUUUAUGUCUAGGUUUGUGUUCUUAUUAUACGGUGUUCAUAGUAUUUAAUUUUAUUCAUGUUUUAUUAUCAUUAGUAUUAUUAUUAUUGUUAAAGUGUUGUGUUAUAUUUUAUUGCUUUGUUGAGCACUUUCUGAAUUAAGCUAGAAAAAUGCUUAAAAAUAACAAUGUGCUUGUCUUCGCCAAAAGGAACAUUUUCACUUCCUUAGAACUUUUUGCUUCCUAAAAACAGACUGUUUUCAUCUACAAAAAGUGUUUAAAUAAAUUUUUGUACCAUUAAAGCCAUCAAUAGAUGGUAGAACCUUCACUAUUCUUGAGGAAACAUGUUCUUUGUGGAUUUGUGUAGUCUUUUCUUACAGAAUCUUCCACCACCAGUCAUUUGGUUAUUAUAGGGUAUCUGUGGCUAUAAGGCUAAUGUAUCAUUUAGGUUAGGUUAAGAUAGGUUCAACUUUAUUGUCAUUGUCGGAGUACGAGUACAGAGUCAACGAAAUGAGUUUGACACCCCUGAGCUAAAUCAGAGACUGUAUGUAGUGUUAUACUGUAAGACCUGUGGCUAAAUCCUACUUGAUGCAUUUUUAAUUCAAUGAGGAAAGGGCACCAGUCUCUAAGAGAUGCUCUAUAUCCAAGCGUUUCUGUUACCAAAACAGCUUAGGCUGUUUGCUGCUAACAAUUGACCAAGAUGACCUUUUUUUCUACAGUGAUCAUUUUGAUUGGAUACUUGAAAUUGAAACUGAAAUAAAAUGUGGAGGAGCCCAUUCAUCUGAUGUUUAGCAUUAUGAGUCAUCACCAAGAGAUAAGAUCUUCAAGAUUUGUAAUGAGGACUUUGUAAAUAAUCAUGUAAAGAGAAAAAAGUAAAUAUUUUUUCUUGGAAAUGUAAUUAAGUAAAAUACAAAGAUUUACUUCCAGUCAUACUCAAGUAAAGUAUAAAUACCACAAAAUAAUACGUAAGUUUGGUAAGGAAGCACAAUUACGCAAGUGUUUUUUAGCCCGGUAAAAGUGCAAUGCAGUGCAACACCAUUUGGGGAAGAUGUUAAGUUUCUGAUUUGAAGUUUCUAAAACAUCAGCAUCAGCUUCACAAAGGACACAUAUAGAAACACUGAUCUGAAGCUGGUUAUAAAGCUAACACUGUUACAGAGCUCACUACAAUCACACUAAACUAAUCUUUUUUUUUUAUCAUACUAACAUCUUAUUGCUAGAUCAGUAAGGCCUAUAAUGAAUAUUGCUUCCAUCUUCAAUACUCAGCUCAAGCCACAGUAGACCUUGUUUUCUGGAAUAAGUCCAGCAGUUAGAAGCUUCAUACCAGGUAGUAACCAUACACUAAGAUACACUGCCUGGCCAAAAAAAAGGUCGCUGUUUGGGUUUAAA